UGCCAAACCUUCAUUUCCUGUCGUUCCAAUGGCGGAAAUCGAGGAAAACACAGUUUUCGAGAUAAAUGACUUCACAAUUGUCACCGAUAUGGAGCACUUCGGUGCAGCAUUUGAAGGAAUUCUUCAGAAAUACGAGUUUUCCAGUCGCCGACCGUGUUUAUCGAAUGAUGUGAAGUACCGGUUGAUUGUGACGGACACAAAUAUGAUUUCGAUUGGAGAGAACAAGCUAAGAAUCGAGUUAUUGCAGCCAGUUCCAGCUUCAUCGAAUCCUUCAAAUGACGUGGAGUUUGUGGAAGCUCCAAAAGAUGAGAUUGAAGAAGACGCCCACGUUAUUCCAUUCACUGUUGCCGAGGAAGUUGCCAACCUCAAGCAUGGAUUCGAAGUCACCGAUAGCUUUUUGCUAAAGUUUGGCAUUCGCGAAUGCAUUAUCAUCUCUCCAAAUGACAGCUCUGGUACAUUCACCGACGAGAAUCAAGUGAACACCGUUAUGGGAAAUAUCAAAACAAUAUUGCACUCAAGUAGAUGUGAGGUCCCAGUGUUCUGCUACAUCAAGGACCAAAGCUUGGACAUGAUUUCUGGGUACGCGUCGGAUGGAAAUUCUACGUAUAACUUUUCGUCCGUUGUUCUCCGAAACAUUAACCGAAGACACUGCAGUAUGACCGAUCUGCUUUACUUGUUCAAAGAGCAUCUUGGAGCUAGCAUCUCGGCGUUUCAUGAGGAAGUUCGCAUGAGCUCUAGAUUCACACAUGUUGUUCCGUUGAAACAAAGUAAGUAUUUCCGGAAUCAUACUGUCGAAACUUUUGGUCUUCUCGCGACUGGACCAACAUCAAGUUUGCCGUUCGAUAUACUUGAAAUUGCUGCCACGUGGCGUUUCUUCCGUGAAAACUCAUUGACUGAGAACCAUAGUCAUUCAGAUUUUGAUAUCAACUAUUCUUCGUAUUGGAAUAUCAAAAUGAAGUCGACUAAAAGUUCAUUGCUGGGAGUACUUGAUGAAAUUCUUGGCGUCUACCGAGAAGACACCAGAAAAGCAAUCCGUAGCGACCUUAAUUGUGCACUGAUUCUUGGGAAACACUACACACAAAAAGAGCUUCCAAAUGCAUUCCAAAAGCUCACUAUCAACUCAGCGUCUGAGGUGAAAAUUGGGAAGCAUGCAGAGACGGAGGAUAGUGGAACCAAUGGACCAAUGCCGCCGGCUCUGAUGAAAUCUUGGGUCAACUUCAUCUUCAACGAAGCGGAGUCCGACAACGAGUCCUUGGCUCACGAGCUCAAUAUGUUGAAUGCUGCUAGUAUGUCGGAGAACCAAUUGUCAGAUGACGAGCUGGUGAACAACGUCAAGUUGGAUACUCUUUUCAAUUAUAAGAAUCCCAAAUCAGCGAACACCUUCCUUGCUCCGUACAAGUGUGCAAAGAAGUCAACUGUUACAUGGAGAUUGGCAAUUGCCUUGGCAAAUGCGAGAGUUUUUAUGAGUGAUCAACCACGUGCCGAGCCGCAGUUAUGGGUUGAGUUUCUGCUGAAACUUCGCGAGAAGUACGAGAAAAUGGAAACUGUCGAAAAAGUCUACAACGGAAUUGAUCACUUGCAAUGCUCAUUUUCACAGAAAAUGCAAAUGCUCCAGUUAUGCAUUGAUGCUCGCCAGAAGCGCCACAGAAUGCUUGACUCUGCUCAUAGUGCCAAUAAUUCUGAUGAAUUCUUUGACGCGAAUGAAAGUUUCAAUGCUGAAACAAUUCUUGAACCGAACAACGAAGGACGCCUCAAACUAUUUGGACUGAACCUUGUCGAGAUUCCAGACGUGCCCAUGUAUAUUCCAGUCACACAAGAUGCUUGCCCACUCACUGAUGAGAUGAUAGAUGCUCGAAAUGAGCACCUGUUCAGUCUUGACGAGGAAGAUCGCGUGCACCUGCAAAUGGAACUUGUGAAAAGUGAUAUGCAAAGCUUCAAGGCUGCAAAUGCUGGAGCUGUUUUUGCUGACUUUCUGAGAUGGCAUUCGCCAAAAGAUUAUGAUGAGAAAACAAAUACAAUCUCAGAGAGAAUGUUGAUUUCUAAUAAUGUGUGGGUGAGAAGCUGGGAAGCUGCACUACCGAUUCCGGUGGCCAAUCAAGCAAGGAUUUUCAAUGACACAAAAAUUGCAGAAGAGAUACUCGAAAUAUUCAACAACGCAACUCUCGAUCAAGUUCGCGAAUGGAUGAAGCCAACCGUGUUUGCAGCCACGUUAGAACGCCUCACAGAAAUCGAGAGCAGCUAUGGCGUGUCUGAGGAGAAACAAAAGCAGCGGACCAAGACAGCCAAAAUUCUAGCAAACGCGACGCUCAACAACACUCCAAUGGAUUACAAUGAAAUUUCCAAGUACUGUAGCCAGAUCGAAAUGAUUCAUAACAUGAAGGUCCACUUGAUGCAACUUUUCGAAAAUGCUAGAGAAAAAAUGCACCCGCCAUAUCCAUCGGAAACUGAUGUUCAAAGCGCAAUCAAACAAUUGGUGAACAUUGCUGUACAUAACCUUUGGGAUAAUUCUACUGAUGAGGAGCCGACGUUUGUCAUCAAGCCACAGGAUCCGAUUGGAAGAGCUAUAGCUGUAAUUGGAAAACUUGAUGAGCUCACGGAGCAGCAACUGAUUAAUGGGCACAGAAAAGAGUACAUCUUCAACUGGAAGCACAGCUGCCCGUCAACCACAACAAUCCCCAUGACACACCGAAUGUAUGCUGACUUGCGAUCCGACAAGCACAGCCUAUACUUUUCCAUGGCCAACGACUGCAAUUUCUCCAACUCGUCAUAUUUGUAAAUUGAAUUUAAAGCAUCUACUGGUCUCUGACAUUCUCACACUUUGAUUCUUCAGCCCCCGAGCUAAACAAUUUUGAUAUUCCCGUUGAAUUAUAGGGGAAAUGUACAUGUUUUGUAAAUAAAGUGAAUGUAAU